GUCUGACACCUGGCUUGAGCAGCCCCAUUUUACAGAGGAGCUCAGCUGAGUGGCUCAGCUAAGUGGCUGCUGCGGCCUCCGUGAGGCUGGAGCCCUGGAGCCGCCAGUGAUGUCUCAAGGACCGAGUAGUGAUCUCCUAGUGUGGGGGGUGAUCUGGGUUUUGACCUGUGAGAUAAAAGUCUCUUUCCUUUUCUGUUCUCCUGGAUUUACUUCUUCAGGUCAGCUCUGGCUCUAGCGUAGAGAGGCAGAUGUUUGUUUGUUUGUUAUCUGGCCCUCUGGUAGUUUGCUUCAGAAGUGGAGGAGAUUUAGCGAGGCAACACUGGGGAGGACCCUCAAACCUUACUGCCCAGGCCCACACCUACAGAGGGAGUGGAAAGCGGCAGGAGCCCCAGCCUGUCACAGUUGCCACUCUGAAACCUUCCGGUGCUCCCCGUGUGUUGCCAGGUGUCUGUCCGACUCAGGCGCCCACCGCGAAAGGACACCUGUCCCAUCGCAGCCUUCCCAGCGUCCCCUCCUUCUGCAGAAGUUUCUAAGGGCCAUUGGCAUCUCCUCCGUGGGAAGACCAGGGGAACCGCAAGGCGUGGCAUUGGAUUCUGAGAAGCUCGUGGCGGCAUCGUCCCCACACAGACGCUGGACGGCUCUGACGGGAGCAGAGAGAACGGAGCCCCGGGCACGAUCUCCAGGGGGAGCCUCUUGCGAACCAGCCCACCAGGACCUCUCCCAGGAAGCCUCGUGAGGCAGCCGCCAGGAUGUCCAACCCCUUUCUCAAGCAAGUCUUCAACAAGGACAAGACAUUCCGCCCGAAGCGCAAGUUCGAGCCAGGCACCCAGCGCUUCGAGCUGCACAAGAAGGCGCAGGCGUCGCUGAAUGCGGGUCUGGACCUGAGGCUGGCAGUGCAGCUGCCCCCGGGCGAGGACCUCAACGACUGGGUGGCCGUGCACGUGGUGGACUUCUUCAACCGCGUCAACCUCAUCUACGGCACCAUCAGCGACGGCUGCACGGAGGAGUCCUGCCCAGUCAUGUCAGGGGGCCCCAAGUACGAGUACCGCUGGCAGGACGAGCACAGGUUCCGCAAGCCCACGGCGCUGUCCGCGCCACGGUACAUGGACCUGCUCAUGGACUGGAUCGAGGUGCAGAUCAACAACGAGGACCUGUUCCCCACCAACGUCGGCACACCGUUCCCCAGGAACUUCUUGCAGGCCGUGCGGAAGAUCCUGUCUCGGCUGUUCCGCGUGUUCGUGCACGUCUACAUCCACCACUUCGACCGCAUCGCGCAGAUGGGCUCCGAGGCGCACGUGAACACCUGCUACAAGCACUUCUACUACUUCGUCAGGGAGUUCGGCCUCAUCGACACCAAGGAGCUGGAGCCGCUGAAAGAAAUGACCGCUCGGAUGUGCCACUAAGACCCCCGAGGGCGCCUCAGCACCUGAACCCUCCCCCCCAGGCUGCAGAGACUUGGAGGAGGACGCCUGGGGACAGCAGCGUCUCUCUCCGACCCGAGCACCUCGGGAGCUUUUCAUCCCUCGAACCUGUGCUCCUGCCGCUGUCGGGGUGUCACCAGGAGACCCCAGCCCUGGACGGCGGGUUCCUUCCCCCCACUCUCGAGCCUGGCCACAGAGGGCCGGCAGGCCCAGCGCCCGCCUCUCUGAGCCUAUCUCCCGCCUGUGAAGUAGGAUUGAACCUGAACUCUAAUUCUGUGUGUUGUCAGCAACCGGAAAACCCUGUGUUUUUAAACCACUUGCAUUUCUCAGUGAACUGGAGGGCGUCCUGAGCUGCCCCAGCCCUAGGUGGCCUCCAGCCUCCCGAGAAAUUCCGUCCCCACUCUGGCCCCCACCCCAACCUGCCUGGCCCCCGCUGGGUGCCGGGUAGGCAUGGCCUUGGCCCUGCCUGGAGGGGAGAGGAUGGCACUCCCCGGCCAGCGGAGGGCGGAAUCCGCCUCUGCCCGGCCUCGGAGCCCCGGCUCCUCUCAGCGCCCACUAGAGCCGCUGCUGAGCCCACACAAAGGUACGACGUGGCUGCUCGCCCUGCUUUUCCUCACCACUCCCGUCGCCACAGUCCCCCCCGAGUGUGCCACUCGCUCUCUGGGGUUCCCUGGACGCCGGGACUCCAGGUCCUGCGUCCUACAUUUGAGUCAGUUCCUAAGCGCGCCCCUCUGUGUGUCAUAAAGGAUCCUAACUUUUAUAUGGUUUCAUUGA